AUGUCUCACAAAUCGAUAUCCCUCUUGAAGAAUCUCAGUAGAACCACUUCUACGCGUAGAACCGUGACGGUUAUCAACAGCAAUGUGACGAAUUCGGUGCACCAGGUGAUGGAUGCAAUGCACGCACCGGUCUACUUCGAGACUUAUGACAUUAAGGGAAAUAUGAAUCAUUUGCCGCAAGAAGUGGUGAGAUCGAUACGGAAGAACAAAGUGUGCUUGAACGGCAGACUCGAAACCUCUUUGUGUGGUGGUGCAAGGAAAGAGCUUGGCCUCUUUGCAUUUAUGGUCAACUGUUUCAAUCUGAACGGUCAACGGAGUCGCCAAAAGAACGUUAACAUCGUGGUGAUCCGAGAGAACACGGAUGCUGAAUAUGCUUGGCGUGAGCACGAAAUUGCUAAGAUGUAUCCAAUCAUCACUUACGAGUACGACGAAAUCUCUGUUGAUAGCUGCUGUUUGCAACUUGUGGAGAAACUAGAGCGAUUCGACGUUAUUGUGACUCCAAGUCUUUAUGGGAAUCUAAUUGCAAACAUUGCUGCUGGUCCUGCUGGAGGCAAUGGAGACAACAUUAUGCCUGGAGGAAGUUUUGGUGGUGAGUAUGCAGUGUUUGAGCAAGUUGGAUGUGUAAGAAACAAUGAAAAUCCAGUGGCGUUGCUGUUCUCUUCGGCUAUGAUGCUGAGAUAUCUUCAGCUUCCUUUAUCUGCUGACCGGCUUGAAACCGCCUUGAAGCGUUUUAUCUCUGAAGGAAAGUGUGGAAACAGUAAUACUACUGCUCAGGAGGUUGUUGAUGCUGUAAUUGCAAAUUUGGAUUGA